AUGUCGUCCAACAGCAUGAAGUUCAAUGGCUACUUGAGGGUCCGCAUCGGCGAGGCCGUGGGGCUGCAGCCCACCCGUUGGUCCCUGCGCCACUCUCUCUUCAAGAAGGGCCACCAACUGCUGGAUCCCUAUCUGACGGUGAGCGUGGAUCAGGUGCGCGUGGGCCAAACCAGUACCAAGCAGAAGACCAACAAACCCACGUACAACGAGGAAUUCUGCGCCAAUGUGACCGACGGCGGCCACCUCGAGCUUGCAGUCUUCCACGAGACCCCCCUGGGCUACGACCACUUCGUGGCCAACUGCACCCUGCAAUUCCAGGAGCUGCUUCGCACGGCCGGCACCUCGGACACCUUCGAAGGCUGGGUGGAUCUGGAGCCAGAGGGGAAAGUAUUUGUGGUAAUCACUCUCACCGGGAGUUUCACUGAAGCUACUCUCCAGAGAGACCGAAUUUUCAAGCAUUUUACCAGGAAGCGCCAGAGGGCUAUGCGAAGGCGAGUCCACCAGAUCAAUGGACACAAGUUCAUGGCCACGUACCUGAGGCAGCCCACCUACUGCUCUCACUGCAGGGAGUUCAUCUGGGGAGUCUUUGGGAAACAGGGUUAUCAGUGCCAAGUGUGCACCUGUGUGGUCCAUAAGCGCUGCCACCAUCUGAUUGUCACAGCCUGUACUUGCCAAAACAAUAUUAACAAAGUGGAUUCGAAGAUAGCUGAGCAGAGGUUCGGAAUCAACAUUCCACACAAAUUCAACAUCCACAACUACAAAGUGCCAACAUUUUGCGAUCACUGUGGCUCCCUGCUCUGGGGGAUUAUGCGACAAGGGCUUCAGUGUAAAAUCUGUAAAAUGAAUGUACAUAUCCGGUGCCAAGCGAACGUGGCCCCUAACUGUGGGGUGAACGCCGUGGAGCUGGCCAAGACGCUGGCAGGGAUGGGCCUCCAACCGGGAAACAUCUCUCCGACCUCGAAGCUGGUUUCCAGGUCAACCUUACGACGGCAAGGGAAGGAGGGCAUCAAAGAAGGGAACGGGGUCGGAGUGAAUUCCUCCAGCCGUGUGGGUAUCGACAACUUUGAGUUCAUCCGAGUGUUGGGGAAGGGGAGUUUUGGGAAGGUGAUGCUGGCCAGAAUCAAAGAAACAGGAGACCUGUACGCUGUGAAGGUGCUGAAGAAAGACGUGAUCCUGCAGGAUGACGACGUGGAGUGCACCAUGACCGAGAAGAGGAUCCUGUCCUUGGCCCGCAAUCACCCCUUCCUCACCCAGCUCUUCUGCUGCUUUCAGACUCCAGAUCGGCUGUUUUUCGUAAUGGAGUUCGUGAACGGGGGCGACCUGAUGUUCCACAUUCAGAAGUCUCGUCGCUUUGAUGAAGCCCGAGCUCGUUUCUAUGCUGCGGAAAUCAUUUCAGCGCUCAUGUUCUUACACGAGAAAGGCAUCAUCUAUAGAGAUCUGAAACUGGACAAUGUCCUGCUGGACCACGAGGGCCACUGUAAACUAGCAGACUUCGGCAUGUGCAAGGAGGGGAUCUGUAACGGGGUCACUACGGCAACGUUCUGCGGCACGCCUGACUACAUUGCUCCAGAGAUCCUGCAGGAAAUGCUCUACGGACCUGCGGUGGAUUGGUGGGCAAUGGGUGUAUUGCUCUACGAGAUGCUCUGUGGGCACGCGCCCUUUGAGGCCGAGAAUGAAGAUGACCUCUUUGAGGCCAUAUUGAACGACGAAGUGGUCUACCCUACUUGGCUGCAUGACGAGGCCACUGGGAUCCUGAAAUCUUUCAUGACCAAGAACCCCACCAUGCGCUUGGGCAGCCUGACUCAGGGAGGGGAGCCUGCCAUCUUGAGACACCCUUUCUUUAAGGAAAUCGACUGGGCCCAGCUGAACCAUCGUCAGUUAGAACCACCCUUCAGACCCCGAAUCAAAUCCCGAGAAGACGUCAGCAAUUUCGACCCUGACUUCAUAAAGGAAGAGCCCGUUUUAACCCCGAUCGAUGAGGGGCAUCUUCCUAUGAUUAACCAGGAUGAGUUUAGAAACUUUUCCUAUGUGUCUCCAGAAUUGCAACCAUAGCCUUGGAAAGAAGAGAGAUAGGAGGAGCCUCCAAGCGGAAUCCAGACUUUCCAGGCGUUUCCUUGCGGGAACUCCCCAGCAUCUGCCUCAGAACAAGUCCCCUACCUUCACGGAGCAGCUGGGGACUCUGCAAAGGCAGAGCUUUACGAGAGCACCUGUUUCAAGUCCUGAGGGAGCCGUCCACUAGUUGACAUUGAAGUGGACUUCAGGGGCCUUGCUCAACCUGUGUAUUUCCAGUGGCUCGUUUGGGACAUGGGAAAGUAACAAGAGCCAGAAGGAGAAAAAGCAUGAAGAAUAAACUUAAAUAUGGAAAAUUCUGAGCCAAACAACAGAAUACAUCAAAUUUAGCGGGUUGGGGGAGGGGCGGAGGGAAAUGACCUGAGGGGAGGAAAAAAAUAAAACAAUUCUGAGCCAAACAGGCUGUUUUAUCUCAAGAGGGAAAUCAAGACUUUGUAUCGGCCACUCUGCGCUCUUCUGAGGGCCAGCCAGACUCCAAGACUGACCAUCUGCCUCUCGAAAGAGUCUCGACAUCUAAAUGCCAGCGAGGAAUUUAAAGCUAGUUUGAAAGGAAUAAAUGGCUUUCCAGAUAGAAUCAUUUGCUCUGAAGAAACAGAACCAUGGCAUGAGUAAAACUCACAAAGCCCAAAUUUUUUUAAAAAUGCUGAAGAACCAAGACUACUGCGAUUGCUCAUCUUUUCCUUCAAUAAAUGGGUAUUUAUUGGGUGCCGGUGAGAAGGCUCUGGAGCGCCAACCGAGUAAGCCAUAGAUUUGCGUUAAUGGAGCUUCAUUCUAGAGCCCAUUAAUUUACCUGGAUAUUGUUUGCAUUCUGUGAAAUGCCUUUCCACAUUGCAUACAUGUUACUACUUUAUGUGCACAUAACUCCCUUUCACAGAAGAAAAGUGACCUCCCGCGAAGCUGCCUUCCGCCGUCGACAGGCAGCGCCAGGUGCUUGCUGCCGGCUGGCCUCAGACCGUCUCAUGGGAUGAUGUGCUGACACUGCUCCGGAUGCAGAGUGAGGCAUCCCCGCCCAUCACUCGUACCGUGGUGUCACGUCAGCACUGUAUUUAAAUUAUGUGAGAAAUGAUGUGGGUUUGGCACAAACUUUACUCAUUAGAAUUGGAUGUUGGAACACGUGUAUAUGUAUCAAAGAAGGAGCUUACAAUAUGUAACUGUAUAUGUAGUUGGAAAAUGUUAUCUGGCUGGAAAUAAAUAAGUUUUUUUAA